AUGAUGGAGCGCGGGCAAUCACUAAAGCGGAGACGAGGCUGGCUAUUGGCGGGGUGCUCCCUGCUAGCCGCCCCGGUACAAGCAGCAGCGUGGCCUUCAUGGGGCACGCUAUGGCCGGCGUUGCCGCCGGCGCCGCAGAGCUCGCGCAACCAAGCGGCCGAGCCGUCCCGCCAAAACCAUCACGGCACUACUGAUCCUGCAGCAGCAGCGGCAGCAGCGGCGGCAGAGAAACCGCCUUCGCUACGCGGCGGGCGCAGCUCUCCCUCACGGCAACUCAGAGCCGGCAAGGUCAAGAAGCACCGCACGAUCCCCUUACCCUCGCGAGUGUUGGAGGUGGCCAUCGCUGUCCAGGGACGCCACGGCGACUGGGACGCGUGCUCCCCCGAGACUUGCACGCAGACCAGGCUGGUCUUCUGCGAGACGCUGAACUCGAGGAUCGUGGUGUCGAACGACCUGUGCGGGGACGAGCUCCCCUCCGCCGAGCGGGAGUGCACGGGUGCAGACAUCGACGCGGCGUGUGGCGGCAGAGAUAAUAGCGCUAGAGGGGGGCCGACGCAGCAGCAAAGGAGCGGCGGCACCAACAACGGUGCGGGCAACACCACCCCUGCGGAGAAUGCGGGCGGAAGCAACGAGAAGAAGACGGGUGAUACGCGCAGCCCGGUCGUCUCCAACAGCCAGAAGGGUAAGGAGGCGCCUUCGGCGGUGCCGGGGGGGGGGGAAUCGGCGGGGGGGAGAACAGCGGCCAGCUCCAAGACAGGAGAGGAUGGAGGAAAGGAGGAGGGGGGGGAGGCUGGUGGCCCGGCGUUGAAGGGGAGUGCGUCGGGGGAUGACGCUGCAGACAAAUCGUCUCGGCAACAGGACGAAACCCCCGCGGCAGCAUCAACCAACAGUUCCGCUCACAUACUGGCGGCGAAAGAGCAGUCUCCCAUGUCUCGGAUGGGCGGGCCAGGGAGGGACCGUGCCCAGUACCGGUUCUGGCUGGUGAUGGCCAUCGGAGGUGUAGCCGUGGGAUCGUUCUUGGCCGUUGUGGUCUUCGCCGUGGGGCAGUACCGCAAGGAGCGGCACCGUCUCCGAGGUAUCAUGGCCCUCAACGAGUUCCCCCAGGACAACUACAUCAACCCGUUCGCGAAGCAGCUGUCCUCGGACCUAUCAGACGAAGAUCGAUCGGCCUUCAAGUUGUAGGGAGAUGGUCGCCGCUUGGUCCACCUACGUCCGUUAGCAGGUCGUCCUUGGUCGCACGAAUUUUUGUACCCGUGUAGCUGGCGAAACACCGACGGUGUGGGUUGUACGAGGGUGGUUCUGACGUUUCGUUUUUAGUUGUUAUGUUCCCAGUCUUUGCCUUAUCUUGUCCUUUGGCCAGUCUUGCGCUUGCAAUGUACGCCUGUGGAUGAUGUUGUCCACCAGCGAUGGUGACAGCAGCGUUUUUUUUUCACUUUUUUUUGUUAUUUGUUCAUCUUGUGUGUGCGUUUUCUAGGAUGACUGUCCUCGACUGUACUACUUGUUAUUCCCCGUCUGCUGUUUGUGCCACGAUCUGGUCGGCUGCGCUUGGCCUCCCACACCCGAGAUAAUGGGCUUGGGGGGGGCUGGCUCCCUGUGAGAGUAAGUUGAAAACGUCGGCUGCGCUCGCCGCACAUCCGAGAUUGUGGUUUGUGUCUUGUGUUGUGGUCUUGUUUUUGUGAUGCUUGAAAGGCAGAGGUAGGUUGUACAACAACCUUAUCUUCCGAAUACUCUUUUAAUUAGGUUUUCCCUCGAGCGCGCGCGUCGCAACGAGGCGCGUUUGUGGUGAAUCAGAUCUCUUCACGUUGUAUUUGUUGGAGCAAUGCCUACAGCCCCAACACCUUCCCCGACGAACGCCGGUCUCGCUGUGGUAGCACGUGCACCUUUCGAGCCUUGGGGAGUUUUGACAGAUAGAUAACGCCAGCGGCUGAGCUCGGCCCUUUCCAGGGAUGUUGAUGGCGCGGGGGGGUUCUCUAACGUCCUGCUUGGUCUAUGCUAUCUAGUCACAAAUCGUUGGGAGGGGGGAGCGCCGUGGCGUGGCAUCGCGGCGUAGACGAUGAUGAUGAAGGUCCGCUUUUUCUCUGCGAGUACCCGAAAUAGUUUUUUCAUGUGCUCUUUUAUUCCGUGUGUAGAUGUGAUGUAUGAUAUAAUGGCCCUUGCCGUUAGUGCGCUACGUGCAUGACUCCGCCACCGUUUCGAAAGCAAUCCGUCCAGUUUUUGGCUCUUGGUGCCAACGAUCUAGUUGUCCGCGCAACUCGGCCUUGAUAUUGAUGCUAGCCCUCCUAUGUAGACGGACAGCUGCUGUCUACCGCAGGGUUGCAACCUUCCGUAUGUCCUAAAACCCGGCGUUAGUUGCCGGGCUGCAAUACGGCAGAUAACAGGGUUUGCUCUUUGUAGGGUAGGUUGGUGCAUGUGGUGGUUUCGUCUGCCGUCGGUUGUCGAAAUUUGCCGGAACUAUCCCUCCGCACGGAUGGGAACAUCUGGUCGCUAUCCUGUCGCUCGGAAAACGGUCGAUUUUGAAUUUGAAGGUGAUAACGAGAAACGUGAAUGU